CUGCGUGGUCGUGUCUAUCGGUUCGUGUUAUACCCAACAGGUUACCGACUGAAUUUUUAAAAAAUGCCUCGUAAAAAGUGUGUUGAAAAUUUGCAAACUAUAGCCAUGAACAACAUUGCAAAAAACUUCGAAAAAAUCUGCUACGGCUUGCAAGAUUCCCAGCUGUUCGCCCUCAUCAUGGAAGACGACGCUUACUUGAACUUUGCGUCCCCGUUCAAGGAACUCGCUCCCGUUUUACUCGACGAGUUCUUCGAGCUGCUUUGCGAAAGGCGAACAGUUUCCCGGCACAUGCUUCACAUGGUCUUCAAUGAGAACAACCGCAUUGUCAGACUGCGACAAGGAAUGGGAGAAAUAUACUACGCAAUCCGGUUUCUCAUGGACCGCUGCAAAGUACUCGAUGUCAUGCCCAUGGUCUCUAAAUAUCCCCAGCACAUUGCAGUGCUUGACUUGUCCUACAUGCACCAGAUGGGACCUCAGGACCUGAUGAAGCUUUUUCAGCCCCUGACGACUUUGAUCCAAGUGAACCUCCGCGGAACACUGACAGUUACCGAGGUGGUCUCCAUCAUAGCCACGAACUGCGAAAACUUGGCUGAAUUGAACCUGAGUGAAACUGCAAUCAACGACAAGUCGAUUCAAGCCCUUUACAGGACGAAGCAAGUCGAUGGCACACUAGUGAAACACGCUCAGAAACUGCGACGACUCGUUUUAGCUGACGUUUCUGUGACUCCCUUCGCUGUGGCUUCGGCGUUACAGUCGCUUCCUUCGUUGUGCGAAGUCGACUAUUCCGCUCUUUUCCAGGUUUUCUCACUGUUGCCUUCGUACGUUGGAUACGGGUCCUUCGGAGAGGCGGUCGGUUUGGAGAAGUUCCAAUUGAACCGGAUUGCGUCCACCAGGGAGUUCAUCUCGCAUGAAAGCAUUGAGGUUGCGACUCAGACUUGUCCGAAUAUUCAGUCGAUUACGUUGUUGGAAUGCUCAGGCAUAGACAACGAAGGACUCAUGAAGUUCAUGGCAUUUGAGAGACUCACGCACUUGUCCAUCACCAAUGACGACGACAGAACUCUGGAUUUUUUUGAGGGAGUUCUGCCAAUUUUGCAGGCGAGAGGAGAACAGAUGCAAAAUUUGAUCCUCACGGAUUUCCUCGUCGUAAAUAUCGACGCACUGGCGUCUGCUUGCCCGAAUCUCCAAAACUUAGCUUUGUCAGGGAUCACGGAUUAUCAUUACACUUCACCCGAGGAACUCGUGAAGGAGAAUAUGUCGCGGAGAUUGCGGCGGAUCAGUGAGGAUGACGUGCAAGGGAAUUGUUCAUCGUCGAACGUUCAGGCUGCCUUCGCCGGUGCUUCGAUCGGCGCAUUCGUUCCACACGAGUAUUGCUUUACGAAGUUGAAGGCACUGGAAAUUUGGUCUGCUCCAGGGCACCCGGGUCCUUCCAAGGAAGUGAUCGUGAUAUUGAUGAAAUCGUCGCAAAAUUUGGAGCAUCUGUUGCUGCAAGGCUGUGUUCAUUUUGAUGACGGCGUUUUUGCCCAGAUAGUGAAGCUGUUGAGCCACAUCACGACAAACGAGUGCUCAAUUUCAACUGAAGUUUUUCGCCGUUUAUUGGAUUCGGACAACAAUUUGGAUAUGAUCCGAAUCUGGUCUUGCCCUGGAAUUGACCGCGAAGGUUAUGAAGAAAUACGCCAGCGCAUCAAGGAUGACAAUUUGGAAAUUUAUUUGGAUUGGUUCGCGUGA